UAGUAUACUGUCUCUCCUCAGAGGGGGCGCUUAGUACGUGUUAAAUACAUCAUAAUGGCUAUGAUUAGUGAGUGCAUACUGAGUACCUGAUUCCAGACUGAGUGCUUUAACGGGAUUAUUUCAACUCCACAACAACCCUGUGAGGUAAGUACCACCAUUGUUACCCAUUUUACACGGCAGAAAACAGGUUCAGAGAAGUUUGGUAACCUCCCCAAGGACACAGCUAAUUAGUGGCAUAGUUUCACUCACGACCGAGAUCUUAAUCACUACACUCUCCCUAAUGAGACAUGAGAAUGGACGGGCAUCCAGGACCAAGACUAGAACAGCAUGGAGACCUAUGCCAUUUACUGCUCAAGGCCCGAAAGACAGUGUUCGGAACCUCAGACAUAGAACGGGCCGACUCACAAUUGGGUCGGAGAGAGACCUACCCAGGAACAGUGACCCAGAAUGACAAGCCCAUGGAAAUCGAGGCCAGCACAAUGCAAGAACCCCCUUGACUCCAUGCCCCUCAUAUCUAGGGGUUCAGGAGUCGGUUGCCCCGGGGACUCAAGGAUACUGACAGUGGGGAACAGACCUCCAGAGACCCCAAAGCGAUGCCAGAAAGGGACUAACCGCCCCAGAUGGUCUCCUCGUGGGGGCGUGGCCUCGGUGUGGGGCGCAGCCUGGGGCGGCAACUAGAGGGUUAACCACCCAGGAAGGUCCAGUUUGCGCCCAGGUGGGGCAAAACCUGGGGGAGGCGCUGGAGGUGAAAACCGCCAGCGUCCUUCGCCCCACGUGCCGCGGAACCCGCGACCUCCCCGCUGGGGGAGCUAAGAGAUGCUCAGGAGCCGCCGGUGGCGCGGACACUGGGCAGGCGAGGGGGACGGCCCUGGAGAGGCCCAAAGGCGUGAACUCGCGAGAGUCUCGGGAGACUGGGACAGAUGGGUCAGUCCCGAAGGGGAGAGCAACUGGGAGAAGAGAAACGCCCCAGCAAGACUCUUUCGGGGAAUCCUCCAGCUCCUCGCCUCCAUGGGCCAGACGGCCCUGGCAGGGGGCAGCAGUAGCACCCCCACCCCACAGGCCCUGUACCCUGACUACUCCCGGCCCGAAGGCUUGGAGGAACUGCUUUCUGCUCCCUUUCCUGACCUGGAGACUCAACGGCGCCACGGCUGGAACCCCAAGGACUGCUCAGAGAACAUCGAGGUCAAGGAAAGGGGAUUGUGCUUUGAACGGCGGCCCGUAGCCCAGAGCACUGAUGGGGCCCGGGGUAAGAGGGGCUACUCGAGGGGCCUGCACGCCUGGGAAAUCAGCUGGCCCCCGGAGCAGCGGGGCACCCACGCCGUGGUGGGUGUGGCCACGGCCCUCGCCCCACUGCAGGCGGACCACUACGCGGCGCUGCUGGGCAGCAACAGCGAGUCUUGGGGCUGGGACAUUGGGCGUGGGAAGCUAUACCAUCAGAGCAAGGGGAUAGGGGCCCCCCAAUAUCCAGCCGGACCUCAGGGUGAGCAGCUGGAGGUGCCGGAGAGGCUGCUGGUGGUUCUGGACAUGGAGGAGGGAACUCUGGGCUACGCUCUUGGGGACACCUACCUGGGGCCAGCGUUCCGCGGACUGAAGGGCAGGACCCUCUAUCCGGCAGUAAGCGCUGUCUGGGGCCAGUGCCAGGUCCGCAUCAGGUACCUGGGCGAAAGGAGAGCGGAGCCACACUCCCUUCUGCACCUGAGCCGCCUGUCCGUGCACAAAGCACUGGGGGCUGCCCGUCUGGGCCAGGUAUCUGCUCUGCCCCUGCCUGCUGCGAUGAAGCGCUACCUGCUCUACCAGCUACCCUGUAAUACCAGAUUGCAGGGCCUUGAUGCCGUCCCUCCCCAGAAGUAGGGGUGGGACACUGUUGGCUUGGACCAGCCACUUAAAGCCAGUGAGGCUGGUGGGGAGGUGAGGCUGGCCCUUACCCCCAACCUGACCUCAAGGGAGCUUAAUAGCCCCAGACCCACCCAGGGGUGAAGAGAGAGAGCCGUUAUUCAAGGUUGUGGUGUCCUGGUAUGCAAGACAUUUUUUUUUUCAAGUAAAAAUAAGAAAUA